CAUUUUUGUGUCUGUUUUGCUAAAAGUUUAAAACUUUAAAGUAAGAUUGCAAGUAGGGAAGUCCAACUAUUAGAUUCCAGUUCCAUUGGAAUCACCAACACCAUAAGUCCAUACCCUUCUCUCCAUUCCUAUCUGCAAAGAACCCCGGAAAACUCUUCUAAAAUGCCGGAAUCAGAAGAAGAAAACCGGUCGAGUAAUUUUUUUAUAAGGGGGCCACCGGCGACGGAAGAGUUACCGGUGAUGAUGACCAUGGAUCUCGACCUUGAUGGUUCCUGGACUUUCGAUCAGAUCUUCUCGUCGGACCCUUCGCCGUCGUUUAUUCUAUCAGCAACCGAACAAUCUUUCUCUCCUCUGUGGGCGUUUUCCGACGACAAUAACAACAACCUCAACGACGGUGACGAUAAACCCGCCGGAAAUGCCACGUUGACCUCCUCCGGAGCUGCUCACCGACUUCUUCCAGUGGAUACAGAUAACACUGAUCAAGUAACAAGAAAACCAUCAAACAAUGAUAUAAAAAGGAGGCUACCAUUACCCAUUUUGGAGGUGAACCCAUCAGAAUAUCAAGAUGCAACAUGCAUAAUCAAAGAAAGAAUGACAAUGGCACUUCGAUACUUCAUAGAACUUGGUGAAAAACAUGUUCUUGCUCAAGUAUGGGCACCUGUGAAAAACCGAGGUCGAAAUGUGUUGACCACAUCUGGUCAACCCUUUGUGCUUGACCCAAAUUGCACGGGUCUUCAUCAAUACAGAAUGGCUUCUUUAAUGUAUGUGUUCUCUCUUGAUGGUGAAACUGAUGAAGUUCUUGGGCUUCCUGCUCGUGUGUUUAGACAUAAGCUUCCAGAAUGGACUCCAAAUGUGCAGUAUUAUUCAGACAAAGAAUAUCAAAGGCUUAAUCAUGCUUUGAAUUAUAAUGUUCGUGGGACUUUGGCUUUGCCAGUUUUUGAACCUUCUGGGCAAUCCUGUGUUGGUGUUCUUGAGUUGAUAUUGACUUCACAGAAGAUAAAUUAUGCCCCUGAGGUUGAUAAAGUCUGCAAAGCACUCGAGGCGGUGAAUUUGAAAAGUUCAGAUAUAUUGGAUCCUCCGAAUACGCAGAUUUGCAACGAAAGCCGACAACAAGCCCUAGCUGAAAUCCUGGAGAUAUUAGCAGUCGUAUGCGAGACUCAUAAUUUCCCAUUAGCUCAAACGUGGGUCCCAUGUAGGCACCGAAGUGUUCUAGCCUAUGGUGGUGGAUUCAAGAAAAGCUGCAGCAGUUUUGAUGGAAGCUGUAUGGGUCAAGUAUGCAUGUCAACAACCGAUGUCGCCUUUUAUGUUGUUGAUGCUCAUAUGUGGGGAUUUCGUGAAGCGUGUGCUGAACAUCAUUUACAAAAGGGUCAAGGGGUAGCUGGAAGGGCGUUUGCUACCCGAAGUUCUUGUUUUUGUGAAAAUAUAACGCAUUUUGGAAAAACCGAAUACCCUUUGGUUCAUUAUGCGCGUAUGUUUGGUUUAGUUGGAUCUUUUGCAAUUUGUUUGAGGAGUAGUCAUACGGGUGAUGAUGAUUAUAUCCUGGAGUUCUUUCUUCCUCCUAAUGUGGUGGAGUUUAAAGAUCAACAGAAAGUGUUGGGAUCUUUGUUGACUUCUAUGAAGCAGCAUUUUAGGAGUCUUAAGGUCGCUUGUGGGGAAGAAAUAGGGGAAGAUGGUAGAAUGGUUGAAAUUAUUAAAGCAUGUGAAGAAGGCGAUGCUCUUGAUUCGGGGGUUCAGUCGAUUAGAUUAUCGGAAUCUUUAAUAUCAAAUGGCGGCCCAGUGGGUUGUGUUGAUGCUUUGGUGAGGCCCAAUGCGUUGAAUGUAAAUUGUGGGAAAUCAGAGAAUGUGGAAAUUACCAAAAAGUCCGAGAGAAAACGAGGGAAAGCUGAGAAAUCGAUUAGCUUGGAAGUCCUUCAGCAACACUUUGCAGGAAGUCUUAAAGAUGCUGCAAAGAAUCUUGGUGUUUGUCCCACUACAAUGAAAAGAAUAUGCAGACAACAUGGGAUUUCAAGGUGGCCUUCAAGAAAGAUCAACAAAGUCAACCGUUCACUUACAAAGCUAAAACGGGUGAUUGAAUCAGUUCAAGGAGGUGAAGGAACAUUCACCAUUCCUUCUUUAGCAACCACCCCACUCCCCAUUGGUGUUGACUCCACAUCAUGGCCCACAGCUCCAAACGGGUCGCCCGGGUCAAAACCAUCUCCAAAGAACGAUCAAGGUCAAACCCAUCAAACAUCGGGCAGCAGAGAAGCAAGCACGGGCAGCCCGACUUCCCACAGGUCGUGUCAAGGUAACCCUUUUUCUCAAAAUCGAAUCUUUCCUCAUAAAAUCGAUCAAACAGUUUCUCAUAAUCAGAAAUGUGUGGGAAUAGCAGAAAGUCAACUGUUUGAAGUCAAAGCACCGAAUCUUGAAGGGCUUAUAGCACCACAAACUGAAGAACCGUUUAGAGGAAUGCUAAUUGAGGAUGCUGGAAGCUCACAUGAUCUCACGAAUCUUUGUCAACCCACUGAGGUUCUUGAAAAGGUACAAGUAGUUAGCCCAAAGGUACAACCUUUCACAGCAAGAACAGAAAUGAAAACGAUAACAAUAAAAGCAACUUAUAGAGAAGAUAUAAUUAGGUUUCGUGUGGGUGCAAAUUCGGGUAUAGUGACAUUGAAAGAAGAAGUUGGAAAGAGGUUGAAGUUGGAUGUGGGUACUUUUGAUAUCAAGUAUCUUGAUGAUGAUCAUGAAUGGGUUCUUGUAGUAUGUGAUGCAGAUUUGCAAGAAUGUGUGGAGUUGUCAAUGUCAUCAGGGUGCAACAUAAUCAGGCUUUUAGUUCAUGAUUUGUCGACUAAUCAUGGGAGCUCAUGUGAGAGUUCGGGUUAAUUAAUGAUAAUUAUGAGUACAAGUUCAGGUGAUCAACAUUUCAAUCCAUUAGCCAUUACCAUUGUGUUUAUAAAUGAUCAACUUGUGAAAAUGCAAAAAAGAUGGUCGAAAAUAUGGGGGAGAGACACUCCUGUGGGUGUUUUAAUCACGUUUUUGGCCAAGUGUAAUGUUGAUUUAUUUUUGAGUAUGUUAGUUGUUUGAAAGUGUUGAAAUGUUAGGGUUAGGGUUAAGUUGUAGAUUUAUGGGGGUCAUUUAGCAAGGUGAUCGAAUUUUAGGGAGGAAUUUUCCCAUAUUCUUUGUUGUAUAAGAAGAUAGCAUUAAAUGAUGGUUAGAAAUGUUAAUUGUAUAUUGCUUGCUUUUUC